AUGGUGGCCACCAAGAAGAUGAAAAAGUCUCUGAAGUCACUCACAUCUAGGCUCCAACUUGUUAUAGAAUAUGGGAAGUACCUGCUGGGGUCCAAGAAGACUCUGCAGAUAAUCAGACAGGGCAAAGGGAAAUUGGUCAUCCUCACCAACAACUGCCCAGCCUUGAGGAAAUCUGAACUAGAAUACAAUGCUAUGUUGGCCCAAACUGGGGCCCAUCACUACAGUGGCAAUAAAAGAGAACUGGACAGAGCAUGUGGGAAAUACAACAGAGGAUGCACACUGGCUAUCACUGCUCCAGGUGAUUCUCAUAUCAUUAGAAGCAUGCCAGAACAAAUUGGAGAAAAGUUAACAGUGCAUAAGUUUUCUCCAAGAAAACUUGCCAAAGAUGUUUUUAAAAAAGAAAGUGGGGCGGGGCCCGGAGGGAGCUUAAUCUGCCCUGCUGCUGUGUAGGGACAGGAGAGAGCAUCUCUGACCGGUGACCCCUGGCUAGGCACCAGAUUUGCUGGUGAUCUGAAAUCUAGGCUAUCUAAGAUAAUGUGUGGAUUUAAUCCACAUGGAUUAAAACAUACAGUAAAUUGAGUCCAAGAUAAA